UAUUGUAUUUUUAUCGUUUGGUCUCUCGAUCUUUGAUUACAUUUUAGAAAUUUUUUAGGUAUUACAACACAUUGUCAGACAUUUAGGUACUAUUGAAGCACAUUGUGUGCCGAUUGUGCUCUCUUUCAACAGUUGUUUAUAUCGAUUGCAGAAUCGCUUUCAGCCCAUAAAAAGCCAUCAAAAAUCAUAUUCAAAACACAAUACCAGUUGUAUUUCACAUAACUUUUACCAACAAAUAUCUGGUUUUUUACCGAAAUUCAUUGGACAACAAACAAAAUUUUAUCAAAAGAAAUGGCAAAAUAUAAUCUAUCAAUCGUUGGCUUAAUUGCGAUAACCAUUUGUUUAAUACUGGUAUUUACAGAGAGGGCCGACUCAAUGCCAGCACAAUAUGAUUACGACAAUUUGAGAGAUAUCUAUGAAUUACUUUUGCGUAAUGAAGGCCUUCAGGGAUCAAAUCAAUUGGUGCAUCAAAUGGAAAGAAAGGGCGGACGACAACCACAACUCAGACUUCGUUUUGGCAAACGGUCGGACCCCUGGAGUAUGACCUCUGGAGACAAUACACCUGAAAAAUUCAGUUAAAUUCAAUAUCAAAACAAUUUAUUUAGUAAUUUAACGAUUCAUAAGUUAUCUAUUGAUAAAUGUUUUCUCUGUUAUUUACAUACAUGUUAUAUUUGAAAAUAAAGCAUUAUCUUAAAAUUUUGAUUAAUUACCAAAAUAAUGAAAUAUAAAAAAUAUUAUUAUUA